CAACAUUGAUUUCCCUAAAAGUUUAAUUAUUAAUCAUUUAGUUUUUCGUUUUCCAGUUUUCAUUUAUUUCCAUAUGUUAUGGCUAAAAGAAGAUCCAAACUCAGCUCAGUUGUUCAUUAUGUCUGAGUAACGAUAAUUGAAAUAGCUGACAUCAAUAAUUUUCAGAACUAGAACAAGAUCUUUCUGUUUCCGUCAUUUUGCUAUCAUAUUUGACUGGAAUCACAAGCAUGUGAGAAUGAAUGAAGCAAUGAAUACUUCAGAGAUUGGAGUUCAAAAGCCUGAUUCUGCUAGUGCAAAACUGAAGUGGAAUUGGCAGUGAAAAAAGAAGUAGGAAGUUGCAAUGAUGGCUUUCCGCUUACUGUUUUCCUCAAAUCUGACAUCUACAUCUACCCCUAGUUGGCAGUGAUGAUGAAUUGAAUAGAGGAUAUUUUGAUGAUAUAUCUGAGCUAAAACAAAACGGUGGUAAGAUUGCACUGGCAAAUAAGAUUCUAAUUCCCGGAAUUGCAGCAAGGAAGUUUCCUGCCGUGGAUGUUAUAUAUUCUGAUGGUAGAAAAUCAAAGCUGCUGAUUGUUUUUGAUGCAAGUGGCGUUGAUGCUAGCAAGUUGGCUGUCCCUGAAGCAUCUUUAGUCUGUCUAUCAUUUAGAGCAAACUCUCAGGCUAUGGUCGAUUCUUGGAGCAAGCCUUUUUAUGACGCCUUUAGUGAGUCCAAGAGCCUGCAGCUAAAUGAGAUGGCAGGGCUUUGGUUUGGCAAAGUAAGAAGAGUUGUCAUUGCUAUUUUAUUGCACGAAAGUUCUUGCGGAGGAAAUAUAGGUAUCCUGGCAUUUUUUAGAUACUUUUGGCUUGCCUGGUGUAGCUUAGUUUUUACACUAAAAGCCUGUUGGCUCAACAAGAUGAACAAGUUCACAGUUUUGAGAGACCUCAAUUUUGUUGCAGAAAACCUUGGUGUUGAGUUUUUCAAAGAUAUAUGGACCUUUGAAACGCUGCUCCGCAUGUAUGAAAUCCGUGAAUGGAAAAUGGAUCACUCGAAGCUUUUGUGUAACCACGUGCCAAAACAACACACUUGCUACAGCAGGAUAUUGAAAUCCCACCCUUCAUCGGAUUGUAAUUUCAGGCAGUCAGGAAUGAAAGAGAUAUGGAUAGCCUCAAUGUGCCUCCAAAAUAUAGGGAGAUGGAAGUCAUUCUGGAUAUACUAUUCAGCUCACUUGCACUGUAAAUUCACCGCUCUUGUUGAACAUGAAGAGGGUGGUCAAGUGACAAAAUUUCUUGCACUCGAUAAAUGCCUUCCAGGGCUCAAGUUCUUGCAGAUUGUUGAUAUUGAAUCUGAUCCAGGACCUUAUGAGGUUCAAUAUGAUGAAGAAUGGCUGGCAAUAACAUGAAAAUUCUGUCUUUCCUUUACCUUCCGAUGUGGAGACUUUGGGUGAGAACACAGCUCGACAUGCAAGAUUGUCGUCAAUGGGUUAAGAGCAGGAUAGAAGACAGAGGAGCCAAACCUUGUGAAUUUUCUCAAACAGCUCCACCUCACAACCCCUCUCAUUCAGUUACAAACACUACUUUUUUCUGGUUCUCCCCAUAAUCCUCAGACUGUAUCUUUCUUGGAAUUGCUAGAUCUUCCUUAUGUUCUUGAUAAUGCAUCAGACGCCAGGGAUACUCCUGCUUCAUUGCCUCGAAAAGAUGAUUACAGUGAAGACAUUCCUAUUGAAGACGAGGAUGAAAUAGAAGAUGAUGCAGAACCGAAUAAUGAAAACAGGUCCUCAUCAAUGUCAAUAAUGUUUUCUGUCAACCAAGAGGUUUAUUAGUGCAAAAAGAUUGAUGGCAAUAUCUUGCUAUUCCAUGAGGCUUUACUGAUUUCUGAAGUUGGCUGCUUAGUUUAAUGGCCCACACUUUUCCAACUUUCAUCAGCAGAGGAGAGCACCUAUGCAAGUUGUGGGGUUUGUUGUUUUCUUUUUUCUUCAAAAUGGAUAAAUCACAAUAGCAUGGGGUUGUAUCUUGCUUCUUGCAAAUUUAGUAAUUUAUUGAAUUCCGACAUCCAGGAACAUUGGACAAGGCAUGGCACCCUUUUUCAGGCAUGAACUUAUUUCUUUUUCAAUAAGCAAUUUUCAGACAUGGCCAUUGGUUUCAAAAUGGUAGCUAGAUCUAGAUAUAUGGUACAUGGCCACUGCCGAGAGUUUAUUUGGUAGUUUUUCUGGAUAGCAUGUCUAUUUAAUUUGUUGUGAGUUGUGAUAUUCUGUUUCUUAGAUUUCUGAAAAAGUCUGUACUUCAAUAUUAAAAUACUAAUAAUAAUAAUAAUAAUAAUCAUCUAAUUGGGAUGCUUGUUGAUAUUGAUAAGAA